ACCGGAUUUCGGUGAUUGGUUUUCGGCGAGAAUCUAUGCUAAAACGAGAUUGAAAACCCUGCUAUGCUCCCGAGUCACUCCCGACUCCCAACUCCCGACCGGCUCGCGAGCUAUCUCGGGGACACAACCGACUGCCUCGCGCCUCUUCCUCAUCCGUCGUCACCGGUUGCUUCCCACCGCCGCCUUGCGCCUCCAUGCUCUCAGCAAUGAUGGGAAUAGAAGGCAUUGCAGCCACAGUCACCGAGGACCCUGAACCCUCAAUUCCUCCAGGAUUUGGACCUUUUGCUGCCUCGGCAUCAUGGGGAAUCCAAAACGAUGUUAAACCUGCUGAUGAUCAUUCUAGUUCUGUUUUAGCAUUACAGAGCAUCGACGACGAUGUGGAAAUUUUGGAAUAUCUAUCCAGUUCAGUGGAUCACCAGAGUGACACAGGUUGCUGUAUUUCUGGGAGCAAUACCUGUAGGAAAUCACUGCGUAAUAGACCUCCAAUAGAUUAUAGCCGCUUUGAUCAGAUUGCAGAUGAAGAUUCUGAUGCUGAAGUAGCAGACAAGGGUGUAAAUGCAGUGAAACACAGACAACAAUUCCCUAAAGGAGUACUUCGAGGAUGUCCAGAAUGUGCCAAUUGUCAAAAGGUUAUUGCAAGAUGGAAUCCAUCUGGUGCACGUAGGCCUGUUCUUGAUGAGGCUCCUGUUUACUAUCCUACCGAGGAGGAAUUUCAGGACACAUUAAAAUACAUUGAGAUUAUCCGCCCAACAGCAGAACCAUAUGGAAUAUGCCGUAUUGUUCCACCAGCUUCAUGGAAGCCUCCAUGCCUUCUUAAAGAGAAAAACAUUUGGGAGUGCUCAAAAUUUUCUACUCGGGUACAGAAGGUUGACAAGCUCCAAAAUCGUAAAUCGCCCAAGAAGAGCAGAAGAGGUGGAAUGAUGAAGAAGCGUAGAAAGAUUUCGGAGACUGAAGAAAACAAUCACCAUCAAAUUGGAAUGCAGCAAAACCAAGAGAGAUUUGGAUUUGAACCAGGACCAGAGUUCACACUACAGAUGUUUCAGAAGUAUGCAGAUGACUUCAGUGAUCAGUAUUUUAUGAAAGAUAAAUGCAGAGAUUCACCACCAUCAGUGGAAGAUAUUGAAGGCGAGUAUUGGCGCAUAGUUGAAAGACCGACAGAGGAGAUAGAGGUAAUAUAUGGUGCCGAUUUGGAGACUGGAACUUUUGGCAGUGGGUUUCCAAAGUUAUGUCCUGAAAUGAAAUCUGAUGUGGAGGAUAAAUAUGCACAAUCUGGGUGGAAUCUAAAUAACCUGCCUAGACUACAAGGUUCGGUUCUUUCUUUUGAAGGCGGUGACAUUUCUGGUGUUUUAGUGCCUUGGCUUUAUGUCGGCAUGUGUUUUUCAUCUUUCUGCUGGCAUGUUGAAGAUCAUCAUUUGUACUCACUGAACUACAUGCAUUGGGGUGCUCCAAAGAUGUGGUAUGGAGUUCCAGGGAAGGAUGCUGUGAAUUUGGAGGCUGCAAUGAGGAAACAUCUUCCUGAGUUAUUUGAGGAGCAACCUGAUUUGCUUCACAACUUAGUUACUCAGUUCUCACCAUCAUUGCUUAAAUCUGAAGGAGUACCAGUCUACCGAUGUGUUCAGCAUGAGGGAGAGUUUGUCCUGACGUUCCCACGGGCAUACCAUGCUGGUUUUAAUUGUGGCUUCAAUUGUGCAGAAGCUGUUAAUGUGGCACCCAUUGAUUGGUUGCCGGUUGGACAAAAUGCUGUUGAUCUUUAUCGUGAACAAGCUCGGAAAAUAACUAUCUCCCAUGAUAAGCUGUUGCUUGGGGCUGCAAGAGAAGCAAUAAGAGCUCAGUGGGACAUCCUAUUUCUCAAGAGGAAUUCUUCUGUUAACUUGAGGUGGAAAAGCAUAUGUGGACCUGAUAGCACAAUAUGCAAGUCACUGAAGGCACGAAUUGAAAUGGAGUUGGUACAAAGACAAAAUAUAUCCUCUCCAUGUCAAUCUAGGAAAAUGGAUAGUGAGUUUGAUUCUACUGAUAGGGAAUGUGCAUUGUGUUACUAUGAUCUGCAUCUUUCAGCUUCAGGCUGUCCAUGCUCCCCAGAGAAAUAUGCUUGCCUGGUACAUGCAAAGCAGCUUUGUUCAUGCGAUUGGGACAAAAGGUUUUUCCUAUUUCGUUAUGAUGUUAAUGAGUUGAAUAUCUUAGCUGAUGCUUUAGGGGGAAAGCUAAGUGCCAUUCACAGAUGGGGUGUCUCUGAUCUUGGAUUAAGUUUGAGCUCCUGUGUCAAACGGGAAAAGGUCCAAGAUUCCAAGACUGUUCGCAGAUUAACUGAUGGCCCAAGACGGUCCUACAUGUCACAGGCAUCAACAGUAUCAUUGAUUCCUUCUUCUGUUAGCACUGAACAGAAAAAGAAUGAAGAUAAGACACUGGAUUUAGGUUGCCCAGGUAUGAAUUUACCAAAAAUAAGUCCGGAGGCAAAUAAUCUGCGUCCUUCGACAGAACAGAUAAAAUCAGAAAAUCUCUCACAGCUAAAGGAACCAUGUGUGAAGAAUGAAUUAUCUUGUCCGACCAGCAAUGGUACCAGCCAAGAACAUAAAGGAGGGAUUGGAGGCCACAAACUUGCAGCAGCAAGCAUGAUGGUUCUUUCUGGUCAAUCAUUUCCUGCAAAUGCUGGUGAAUCAGUGAGAAAUGCGCAUGUCUUGGCAGUAUUUAAAGAGGGUAGAGACUGUACAUCUUCACUUACACUUAGGGAGUAUCAUAACAGGCCAGUGUCAAUGAUUGAUAAUGGAGCUAACAUGAAGCUGGAUCUGGAAAACAUAGACAAUUCUCAUAUGUUGAUGUCAUCACCAGACUUCAAUGCAACUGUAUGUCAUUCUUACAAGGAUCAAACAUUCUUAACACUGGAAACUAAUACCUCUGUGAUGACUGAGAAAGAUAGCAGUCAGGCCCGUAAUGCAAGCCAGCAGUUUGUCAGUACUGCUUUAAGAACACAAAAUGUGUCUCAGGAACCAUUGUGUACCGCGAUUGCUCCAAAGCAACUCAUAGAUCCUCAAGUUCAGAAAAAAUCAUAUGGUGUUUUUGGUUCUGGCAGUGCCCAUCUUGGGCAUCUGACUGUUGGUAAUCAGCAACUAAAUGAGAGAUGGCAUCAAAGACAAUCUGAUUCUUUAUCCAGUGUGGAAGUUAGAGCUAGGGGUCAUUCAGCUAUGAUAGUGCAGCCUGCUCUGGAAAAUCACAGCAGAAAUGGAGUUGCACAGAAGGGUCCUCGCAUAGCUAAUGUUGUACAUAGAUUCAAGUGCUCUGUUGAACCUAUAGAAAUUGGUGCUGUGUUAUCUGGGAAGUUGUGGUCCUCAAGUCAAGCAAUCUUCCCAAAAGGGUUUAAGAGCAGAGUAAAAUACUUCAGUGUUGUAGAUCCAGUACAAAUGACAUACUACAUAUCUGAAAUAUUGGACGCUGGACAGCAGGGACCACUUUUUAUGGUGACUGUAGAAAACUGUCCUGGUGAAAUUUUCAUAAACAUCUCUCCUACCAAGUGCUGGAACAUGGUUCGUGAAAGGCUCAAUAUGGAAAUAAGGAGGCAGCUCAAUAUGGGAAGAGCUAACCUUCCUACACUACAGCCUCCAGGAUCAGUUGAUGGCCAUGAAAUGUUUGGGUUGUUAACACCAGCAAUAGUUCAGGCAAUUGAGGCCCGGGACAGAGAUUAUAUCUGUACAGAGUACUGGCGAUCAAGGCCCCAUGCAACAAUUGAGAAUCGAGACAAUCAGAAUAUGUCACCUCAGGAUCCACCCCUUGUUGCACUGAGGGGGCUCUUCCAGCGGGCUAAUUGUGAUGAACUGCGAGCACUACGCAGUUUGCUGAUGAGCAAUAGAAUUCUGGGCGACAAUUCUAGGCAGCAGGCUUGCCAAAUCCUUGAUGAGGAGAUUGCGAAGCAAUGGCACUGACCAGCGUAAAUACAGGAUGUUGUACUAACCAAUUGUUUGGCAUGAUUUUGUUUUGACGGGAUAAAUCAGUUUUAAGGCUUGCUUCUUCCGUUGCCCUUGUGCCCAUUCUUUUCAUUCUUGUGACCAUACCCAAUUCUUUAUUGCAAGUGGUGUCAACAAGCAUGAGGCUACAGCUGCAUCACCUGCAAGGAAGUCAAAAGGACUUAUUUUAAGUAAAGCUUUAAAGGCGCAGAAAGACGUCAAAGAUGCAAGUGCUCAGAUGGCCAUAGGCAACCUGUAGUCUGAAGUUAUUGGGCUUCACCGUGAUCUUGAAGAAAAAGAAAUAAAGCUAAAUACUUUUGCCAAAGAUCUGAUUGAAGACCACACUAAGUUCUAGAAAUCCUCUAAAGAGAAAGACAACAAAAUUUCGAAGCUAGAAGUUGACAACUCGUAGAGCAUGAAACACAUUGCAGAGCUUGAGGCCUAGAUAAAAGAGCAAGUUGUAGCACACAAAGGCAAAAUGGCCAAAUUGAAAGAGAAGGUCAAAGAUACUAGUGUAAUUUUUGAGGUUGAAAAGGUGAAGCAUAAAAUUUCUGAUAAUGAGAGAACCACAUUAUAGAAAAUUGUUGAUGAACUUUGGGAGUCUAGCGAAGAAUGCUUCUACUCCACUGCCCAGUGUUGUAAAAAAUUUAAAAAAUACCUUCGUCUCCAUAGGAGCAUUUUCAAGUGAAAAAGAAUUUGUGCGCGGCGACGCCUCUAGUGCGGUGAAGUGGAUAGGAGAAGUGGAGGCCUUCGAUGAAGUAUUAUCCACCCGUGGUGAUUAUUGUGCGUGUAUAGGGGCACACGUUGCAACUUUGCUGCUUGACAAGGCUAGAUGCGAGCAUGUAAAAGUUGCCAGCUAGCCAGAGUUUAAAUAUUAUGUUGAUGACAAUAAGAUUCCUUUAGCUGAAGCAACCGAGCUUGGGAGAAAGUUUUAUACCGAUGUCUGGCUUGGUGGAGGGAAGAAGUUAGUAGAUGAAGUUGCUAGAGAAAAUGUAAGAAAUGUUUCUUUUUAUCGUUUAUUUUUCUGUUUCGGGACUUAGAAUUUUAGUGUUUACACAAAGACUCACAAGCUUACAAAAAAGGCGGAAGCAAUAAAGGAACCUUUAAGAUUAAAGGAACUCGAAGAUGCCCUUUCGCCAGAACCCAAAGAGUACAAUCCAGAUGAAGAUUCACUACUGCAGGAUUGGCUAGCACAUCUGGACAUGUUGUAUAAAACAGUAGACAAAGUUGUUGAUGAUGUUUUCAAUAAUGUUCCCGAAAGAGUUACCUUUUCGAAAUAGUAUAUGAUUAUUAUAAGGGGGCUUCGGCAUAAAGGUCUUCUCUCAUGGCAAAGACAUACAGUGUGAAGAUGUAACCCGAAGGUGAUAAGAAUGGUCGCCGAAGCUAUAGCCAAAGAGCUUCGACUUAAUAUGGUGACGAAGACCAAAUAUGAUGCUGACCGAAAGGGGAAAAGACUAUUUAGUCCUUAAUGAUUCAUGUUAUGAUUAUAAAUAGAUGCCAGGGACAUAAAUGUACUUUUACCUGGAAUGUGUCCCGUGCCUAUAAAUAGAUAAACAGUAGCACCGUACUGUUCACGCUGAAUUAUAGUCACUCUCUCGCGUCUUCAGCUUCGAGCAAGCCGAAGGUAUCAAUGUAAUAUGAAUUAUGUUGAUAUUCAUACAUGUUUUAUGGGAUGCAAAUAUGAAUGAAUUAACAAGAUACAAUUACUAUCUUCA